GGCCGCCGCCGCGGCGCGCGGCGCGGAGUUAAUGCCCAGCCACAGUGUCCCUGCUGUGUGCUGCCACUGCUGCUGCACAAAGGGAGCUGCUAGACUUUGAAGAAAGAUGGCUUUCUGGACACAGCUGGGACUACUGCUGUGGAAAAACUUCACCUACAGAAGAAGACAGACUUUUCAGCUGCUGAUCGAAGUCGCUUGGCCUCUUUUUAUCUUCUUCAUCCUGAUCUCUGUAAGACUUUCAUAUCCGCCCUAUGAACAGCAUGAAUGUCACUUCCCAAACAAAGCCAUGCCUUCAGCGGGAACAUUGCCUUGGAUACAGGGGAUCAUCUGCAAUGCCAACAACCCCUGCUUCCGCUACCCAACUCCUGGGGAGUCUCCUGGUGUUGUUGGAAACUUCAAUGCCUCCAUUGUUUCCCGCCUGUUCUCAGAUGCCAAGAGGUUACUGUUGUACAGCCAGCAGGACACAAGCAUAAAAGAUGUCCAGAAGAUCCUGGGCAAACUGCGGAAGUUGGGGAAGUCUGGCUCAGACUUCAAACUCCGGGAUUUCCUGGUGGACAAUGAGACGUUCUCAGACUUCCUCCAUCAUAAUGUGUCCGUGCCACCGUUCACAGUAGAUGAGCUGCUGAAUGCUCAGGUCAACCUCCAGCAGGUCAUUGUGUCAGGCUACCGAAUGCGACUGCGAGAUCUCUGCAAUGCCUCAACAUUGGCUGAAUUUCUUACAAUCCAAAACCAGACAGUGGCCACGGACUUUGAAACUUUAAUUUGCACCUUACCAAAGGAAAAACUCCAUGCAGCAGAACAAGCCUUCCAUGCUAACUUGAACCCUUUGAAACCUCUUCAGAGACGGAUCUCUUUCAAUUCCUCCUUGUGGGAUCUCUCAGAAACCAUGGAGGCUCUGACACAGAGCUUUGGGAAGCUCGUUAAAGAGUUGCAGAGCAUGAGGAGCUGGAGAGACAUGAGGCAAGAGGUGAUGUUCCUGACCAAUGUGAAUGCCUCCAACUCCUCUACGCAGAUUUACCAGGCUGUUUCACGCAUUGUAUGUGGCCAUCCUGAAGGUGGAGGGCUCAAAAUCAAAUCCCUCAACUGGUAUGAGGACAAUAAUUACAAAGCACUGUUUGGAGGGAACAGCACUGAAGAUGACGUUACUAAUUUCUAUGAUAACUCCACAACACCCUACUGCAAUGAGCUGAUGAAGAACCUGGAAUCCAGCCCUCUCUCCAGAAUUAUUUGGAGAGCUCUGAAACCUUUGCUGAUGGGGAAGGUCUUGUACACUCCAGACACACCAGCUAUAAGGAAGGUCAUGUCUGAGGUGAACAGGACAUUCCAGGAGCUGGGUGUGUUUCGUGACCUCGGGGGAAUGUGGGAGGAGAUAAGCCCCAAGAUUUGGACGUUCAUGGAAAGUAGCCAGGAAAUGGAUCUGAUUCGGACGCUGUUGAAAGGCAAAGAUCUCUUGGACUUGCGGUUGCCUGCUUCAAACUGGACUGUGGAAGACAUUGCCCGCUUCCUGUCAAAGCACCCAGAAGAGUUUGAGACAGCAAAUGGCUCAGUGUACACCUGGGUGGAUGCCUUUAAUGAGACAGACAGGGCUGUUCAGACCAUCUCCCGUUUCAUGGAGUGUGUCAACCUGGACAAACUAGAGCCUGUGGCAACAGAAGUUCGGCUUAUAAAUAAGUCCUUGGAGCUGCUGGAUGAAAGGAGGUUCUGGGCUGGCAUUGUCUUCACUGAAAUAGCUCCUAACAGCAUAGAGCUCCCUCAUCAUGUCAAAUACAAGAUACGCAUGGACAUUGACAAUGUGGAAAGGACCAACAAGAUCAAAGAUGGGUACUGGGAUCCUGGUCCCCGGGCUGACCCCUUUGAGGACAUGCGCUAUGUUUGGGGUGGCUUUGCCUACCUGCAGGACGUGGUGGAACAGGCCAUCAUCAGAGUGCAGACAGGCACAGAGAAGACGAUGGGAGUUUAUGUGCAGCAGAUGCCCUAUCCGUGUUACGUGGAUGACAUAUUUCUGCGUGUCAUGAGCCGCUCCAUGCCCCUCUUCAUGGUUCUGGCCUGGAUCUACUCAGUGGCAGUGAUAAUCAAGGGUAUCGUGUACGAGAAGGAAGCCCGACUGAAGGAGACAAUGAGGAUUAUGGGCCUAGACAAUGGCAUCCUGUGGCUAAGCUGGUUCAUUAGCAGCCUCAUCCCUCUCCUGAUGAGCGCAGGCCUCCUGGUUCUGAUCCUCAAGAUGGGGAAUCUGCUGCCUUACAGCGACCCCAGCGUGGUGUUUGUUUUCCUCUCCAUCUUCGCUGUUGUGACCAUACUCCAGUGCUUCCUCAUCAGCACUGUAUUCUCCAGGGCCAACCUGGCAGCUGCCUGUGGGGGCAUUGUCUACUUCACGCUGUACCUACCCUACGUGCUGUGUGUUGCCUGGCAGGACUACAUCAGUUUCUCACUCAAGAUCUUUGCGAGCCUGCUGUCUCCAGUAGCCUUUGGCUUCGGUUGUGAGUACUUUGCACUGUUUGAGGAGCAGGGAGUAGGUGUUCAGUGGGACAACUUCUUUGAGAGUCCAUUGGAAGAAGAUGGCUUUAGCAUCACCACAUCAGCUAUCAUGAUGUUGUUUGACACCUUCCUAUAUGGAGUCAUGACCUGGUACAUUGAGUCUGUUUUCCCAGGCCAGUAUGGGAUUCCCAGACCCUGGUACUUUCCUUUCACAAAGUCCUAUUGGUUUGGUGAGGAACCACAGGACAUGCAACAUCCUCAUCCUGACCAGAAGGAGUCUUCAGAAGUGUACAAGGAGGAGGAGCCCAUGCAUCUGAGCCUUGGGGUUUCCAUCCAGAAGCUGGUCAAGGUUUAUCGUGAUGGCAAGAAAGUUGCUGUAGAUGGUCUCACACUGAACUUCUACGAAGGGCAAAUCACUUCCUUUCUGGGACAUAAUGGAGCAGGGAAAACCACUACCAUGUCCAUCUUGACUGGCUUGUUUCCUCCAACUUCGGGCACAGCCUUCAUCCUGGGCAAAGAUAUCCGCUCUGAGCUCAGCACCAUCAGGCAGAAUCUGGGUGUCUGUCCACAGCACAAUGUGCUAUUCGACUUGCUGACUGUGGAGGAGCACAUCUGGUUCUAUGCUCGUCUCAAAGGACUGCCAGAAAAGAAGGUGAAAGAGGAAAUGGAGCAGAUGGCAAUGGAUGUUGGUUUGCCUCACAAACUCAAAGCUAGGACAAGCAAACUCUCUGGUGGCAUGCAGAGGAAGCUCUCAGUUGCCUUAGCCUUUGUUGGUGGCUCCAAGGUUGUCAUUCUGGAUGAACCCACGGCUGGGGUGGACCCUUACUCUCGCAGAGGGAUAUGGGAAUUGCUGCUGAAGUAUCGACAAGGACGGACAAUCAUUCUCUCCACACACCACAUGGAUGAAGCAGACAUUUUGGGGGACCGGAUUGCUAUCAUUUCUCAUGGCAAGCUGUGCUGUGUUGGCUCUUCUCUGUUCUUGAAGAACCAGCUGGGAACAGGCUAUUAUUUGACCCUGGUGAAGAAGGACGUGGAUUCCUCCCUGAGCUCCUGUCGAAACAGCAGCAGCACAGUAUCUUAUCUGAAAAAGGAUGAUAGUGUCUCCCAGAGCAGCUCUGAUGCUGGCCUUGGCAGUGACCACGAAAGUGACACCUUAACAAUAGAUGUCUCUGCAAUCUCAAAUCUAAUUACAAAGCAUGUUCCUGAGGCUAAGCUGGUGGAGGACAUUGGCCAUGAGUUAACCUAUGUCUUGCCAUACAAAGCUGCUAAAGAGGGAGCUUUUGUGGAGCUGUUCCAUGAAAUUGAUGACCGUCUCUCAGAUCUUGGCAUUUCCAGCUAUGGCAUUUCUGAAACCACUCUGGAGGAGAUCUUCCUCAAAGUGGCUGAUGAUAGUGGGGUGGAUGCAGAAACCUCAGAUGGCACCCUGCCAGCCAGAAGGAACAGGCGUGUGUUUGGAGACAGACAGAGCUGCCUUCGUCCAUUUACAGAGGAUGAUGCAUUUGACCCUAAUGAUUCGGAUGUAGAUCCAGCAGAGUCCAGAGAGACUGACCUUCUUAGCGGGAUGGAUGGGAAGGGCUCCUACCAGAUGAAGGGUUGGAAGCUCACCCAACAGCAGUUCGUGGCUCUCCUGUGGAAGAGGUUGCUCAUCGCCAAGCGAAGCCGGAAGGGCUUCUUUGCUCAGAUUGUGCUGCCAGCUGUGUUCGUGUGUAUUGCUCUCAUGUUCAGCCUGAUUGUUCCUCCCUUUGGGAAGUAUCCCAGCUUGGAAUUACAGCCCUGGAUGUAUGAUGAGCAAUAUACUUUUAUCAGCAAUGAUGCUCCAGAUGAUGCAGGCACUCAGAAGCUUUUGAAUGCACUUCUCAAUAAGCCUGGCUUUGGGACACGCUGUAUGCAAGGACAUACCAUCCCAGACACUCCUUGCACUGCUGGGCAGAAGGAAUGGACCAUGGCUUCGGUCCCAGACUCCGUCCUGGACAUCUUCCUGAAGGGCAACUGGAGCAUGGAGAACCCCUCCCCAUCAUGCGAGUGCAGCAAUGAGAAGAUCAAGAAGAUGUUGCCUGUUUGUCCCCUUGGUGCAGGCGGGCUGCCUCCCCCACAGCGAGAGCAAGACACUGCUGACAUCCUCCAGAAUCUGACAGGCCGCAAUAUAUCGGACUAUCUAGUGAAGACCUAUGCACAGAUCAUUGGGAAAAGCUUAAAAAAUAAGAUCUGGGUGAAUGAGUUCAGGUAUGGUGGCUUUUCGCUGGGAGCCAGCAGUUCCCUCAUGCUUCCUCCAAGCCAUGAAGUCACUGAUGCCAUUAAACAAGUGAAGAAAAUCUUGGAGCUAGCACAGGGAAGUUCUGGAGAUCGGUUUCUCAGCAAUUUGGCAAGUUUCAUGAAAGGCCUGGAUGCAAAGAACAACGUAAAGGUGUGGUUCAACAACAAGGGCUGGCAUGCCAUUGCCUCCUUCCUGAAUGUGAUAAACAAUGCCAUCCUCCGGGCGAACCUGCAGCAGGGCAAGAACCCCAGUGCUUAUGGGAUCACUGCCUUCAACCACCCCCUCAACCUCACCAAGCAGCAGCUCUCUGAAGUGGCCCUGAUGACCACGUCUGUGGAUGUCCUUGUCUCCAUCUGUGUGAUCUUUGCCAUGUCCUUUGUUCCUGCCAGCUUUGUGGUCUUCCUCAUCCAGGAACGUGUCAGCAAGGCCAAACACCUGCAGUUCAUCAGCGGUGUGAGACCAGUGAUCUACUGGCUGGCCAACUUUGUCUGGGAUAUGUGCAACUACAUUGUUCCAGCAACGCUAGUUAUCAUCAUAUUCAUCUGCUUCCAGCAGAAGUCCUAUGUGUCUUCUUCCAACCUACCUGUGCUGGCCCUUCUUUUGCUUCUGUAUGGGUGGUCCAUCACCCCUCUCAUGUACCCAGCCUCCUUCGUGUUCAAAAUCCCCAGCACAGCAUAUGUUGUACUGACCAGCGUGAAUCUCUUCAUUGGCAUCAACGGUAGCGUGGCUACCUUUGUCCUGGAGCUCUUCACUAAUAAUAAGCUGAACAACAUCAAUGACAUCCUGAAGUCUGUCUUCCUCAUCUUCCCCCACUUCUGCCUGGGGCGGGGACUUAUUGACAUGGUGAAAAACCAGGCUAUGGCUGAUGCUCUGGAGAGAUUUGGAGAAAAUCGUUUUGUGUCCCCUCUGUCAUGGGACCUCGUGGGGAGAAACCUCUUUGCUAUGGCGGUGGAGGGCGUAGUCUUCUUUGUCAUCACUGUGCUCAUCCAGUACAGGUUCUUCAUCAAACCCAGGCCUGUCUAUGCCAAGCUGCCUCCUGUGAAUGAUGAAGAUGAGGAUGUAACCAGAGAGAGACAGAGGAUAAUUAGUGGAGGAGGACAGAGUGACAUCUUGGAAAUCAAGGAGCUGACCAAGAUUUACAGAAUGAAGCGAAAGCCAGCUGUUGAUAGGAUCUGUGUUGGAAUCCCCCCUGGAGAGUGCUUUGGGCUCCUGGGAGUAAAUGGUGCUGGCAAGUCAUCCACUUUCAAGAUGCUAACUGGUGAUACAGAUGUGACAGGAGGAGAAGCUUUCCUCAAAGGAAACAGUAUCUUGUCCAACAUCCAAGAAGUCCACCAGAACAUGGGCUACUGUCCACAGUUUGAUGCUGUUAAUGAAUUGCUAACAGGGCGAGAACACCUGGAGUUCUUUGCGCUCUUGAGAGGAGUUCCAGAGAAAGAAGUCUGCAAGGUUGGUGAAUGGGCAAUUCGGAAACUGGGCCUUGUGAAAUACGGAGAAAAAUAUGCAGGGAACUACAGCGGGGGGAACAGACGCAAGCUCUCCACAGCAAUUGCCCUCAUUGGGGGACCACCUGUGGUAUUCCUGGAUGAGCCAACAACAGGGAUGGAUCCCAAAGCACGCCGUUUCCUAUGGAACUGUGCUCUGAGCAUCAUCAAGGAGGGGAGAUCAGUGGUGCUCACAUCUCACAGCAUGGAAGAAUGCGAAGCUCUGUGCACACGGAUGGCGAUAAUGGUCAAUGGGCGUUUCAGGUGCUUGGGCAGUGUGCAGCACCUAAAGAACAGAUUUGGAGAUGGUUAUACCAUAGUGGUGCGAAUUGCAGGGGCAAACCCAGACCUGAAGCCAGUUGAGGAAUUCUUUGGGCUUGCCUUCCCUGGAAGUGUCCUGAAGGAAAAGCAUCGGAAUAUGCUUCAGUACCAGCUUCCUUCUUCACCAUCUUCCUUGGCCAGAAUAUUUAGCAUCCUCUCCCAGAACAAAAAGAGACUCCACAUAGAAGACUACUCCGUUUCUCAGACGACACUUGACCAAGUAUUUGUAAAUUUUGCUAAGGACCAAAGCGAUGACGACCACACUAAGGACCUGUCAUUACACAAAAACCAGACCGUGGUAGAUAUUGCAAUCCUUAAUUCCUUUCUGCAAGAUGAGAAGGUUAAAGAAAGUUGUGUGUGAGCCAAUUUCAGGAAAGAAAUGAUAAGCAGAAGGCAGAGUUCGUUUGCCUGGGUAGGAUACUUCCAAGAAAGAAGCUAGCAGAAAAAAACUGGACACUCUACUGAUAACCAUUCAAUGCAACGCAAUUCAAUGCAAAGAAAACAAAAUUCCAUUACAGAGGCCGUGCCUCAUGGAGUCAUUGUCUUGUACUGUUCUCAAGUGAAGACUUGAAAUUAGUUCAUUACAGUAUAACUCUGUGAAGCUGUGGUAAAGCACCCACCAGAUGCUGUGGGCUUUCAACCAUACUGUAUCUUGUCCUAUACAGUAUAUUUUUCCUAGGGUUGCAAAAAUACUUCAUUGUGGAUUCAUGGCCAGUGGUUAUUUAUUGAUAUUUUAAAGACAUGCAUGUUUUACUCUUGAAAACAUUCAUGUCAGGAAUGGGGAUUACCUGGUGCUAUAUCCAUUGCUGGCAAUGAAUGCACCAAAACAGUGGCAAGAAAAGUCACCAAACAACACAGCAGUGUGGCCUUAUUUUGUGAAAAGUGACCUGACCAGCUGCUUUUCCUGGACUGGUUUAGGUCAUAUGGGGAUAAAUCUGAGGCCACAAAGCUGUACUGUGCAGAUGGGUUGUAUGGACAUGAUGGCCUGUCUCUUACCAUCUACUUCAGUGAAUGGGGAUAUGCAGAACUGUGAACCCUGCAAAUGCACAGGAUUGUCCCACCAGCAUCAAAACCAAUAACCUACUCUGACUAGGUUUUCUAUGUAGCUAAGUACUCUCCUGCUCCUUUUGAGGUACUGCAGCAGCUGCAUGAACACCUAGUGGAAGGAAGUGGGUGACAAGCAGAUCUAGGGUUUGGACCACAGCAGCAAACUCACUGGUUGUACAAGCUGCUAAUGCCAAGAGCAAAUGCUAAAUCAUGAGACAUCACUCAGAUAUGUAAUGUCUGCUCUUUAACCCCUGCUUUGCACCAGAAAGGUACCCAUCAUUUGAAGUUACUGCUUAGCACAAGUAUGUUGCCAUUUCUGGCUUUGCCAGAUAAAACUAGAAACAAGAUAGAGUUGUUGUUUUUUUUUUUUUUAACAGUAUUAUUUAUAUGACUUUAGGUAGGUAGGUAGCAUAAUUAGGGAUUGAAAGUGCUUUCAGUUGAUCUUUUUAGUCACAGUAUUUCUUUACAUUAUGCCUGCAAUGCUAUGCUCUCAUUCUCCAUUCAGUGAUAGCUACAUUCAUGAUCUGUGCAAGUUCCAAACUCCAGCAAUCAACUAUUAUCUGGAAUUACUGUAAGUUGCUCACCUAAAAUUUUCCUACUUGGAAACUGGUAUAACAUUAGAUUAUUGUGCAAGUUUCCACUUCUGUAGUGCAGUGUAGUUUCAGUCAUCAAGUGAUCCCUAACUGGAGAAGAUUACAUUGUUCAUGUGAGAAACUGUUGCAGUAAAGUUUCCUUUGAAGAACAAGUUCAAAGUAGUAGUGCAAUUACAAGAAAUAAUAGUAUAAUUAUAUUGAUCAAUUCUCUCUCCUUUUUUUAAAAAAAAAAAACAAAGCCAGAAGAAUAUUAGAGGGGGGACUUUAGUGAGGACAGACAAUUCUUGUUUAUCUUGUACAAGUUCCAUACUAGUUCUUUAUGCUACUCCACCAUGAGUAUGAUUCACUGACCAUUUUCUUCUCCAAAAGCCUGCAGCAGCCCAACAAACAAUGAAGGGGCUGGAAUGAGCUUGAAGAAGAGUAAUUACUUCUGGAUGUACUUGGUAAUACUGACCAAUUCAGCAUUUUUAAUACAUAAAUAGUAUUUUUGCACAACUCCCCAGUCCCCACUGCAUCCUGCCUUGGGAUAAUAAAGUAUGAGCUUAUUACAGCUCUACUAAAGUGCCUUUUUUCAUAUAUAUAUAUAUAUUUUUUAAUCUGUAGAAUAUAUUGUUAAGGAAGAAAGGAGAGAAACAGGGAUUGGUAUACCUCAUUUAAAGCAUACUCUCACUACCUGCAUGGCAUCCUCACCCCAUGAUGAUAAGUAUAGGGGUCAUGAAUACAUCAGACUCUCAGUUGCUGAACUCUUACUAAAAGGUUGUAACAAGUUACAAUCUAAGCCUUUUUCUGCCAAAAAAGAGAUUCUUAAUUCCUGUUGCCCUGUGAUUGUCAAACUCUUGAACUACUUCAUGGCCUUCUGGUCCCCGUUGUUUUUAGCCAUACUGAACACAGACAGCAUAAUCCAGUUCUCACAUGUUGAUUAGUUACUGAAAUAAUUUCUGACACCCAUCUCCUACUCUUACAGUUGUGCAUCAGGCAAAAAAAUAAGUCACAUACAGUAUGAUUAUGAACCACUCUUGAUAAUGAAACUGCACUGACGUGUUAAAUUAUUUUAAACAUUGUUCCGGUUGAAAUAUUGCAUCCCUCUUUGUAGUACAUUUGUAUUUCAAUAAGGAGCUGUAUUUUUCCUCAUGGUUAAACUAUCACUUUGUGCUUAUCCUCCCCCUUUGAGUUAUAGUUGGUCCUUCAUUCCAAGCACUUUAUGCUAUCUUUAAUGGGAUCUAUUUUUGCACUGGAAUAUCUAUUAACUUUGCAAAAUCUAGAGAGAUUUCACAACUGAAAUUUCUGAGUUAAAUCCUUAAAUGGACAUUUUCAUUAAAAGCAAAAAAAAAAUAUUUGUAUUUGCUAAUAACUGUUUAUGUGAAGUAUUAAAAGGCACUCUAAUCGCCUUGUAUUAAGUCAAAAAAUAAAGCUGUUAUGGCACCA